CGCUGCUCUCACAAGCGGAAGGCGCACUUCGACGAUCAAACGCGGAUCUGCCGCCACAAGACGCGGAGAGCGGAUCCCUUUCCUUAAAUAUUAAUUGGCGCAGCCUGGCGGAAUGUAUCAUUGCAGUCUAUGUACCUGGUAGGGGGUUGGGGGGGGCACGACGGGACUAUUCCAUUUGCAACAAAGACGAGCGACAGAGGGGGGGAAACGAGAGGAGAGAUGCGUUCACCAAAGAAGCCCAAUUCUGGAAACGAUGCUUUAUCCGCUUCAGCGUUUUGCCACCGUAAAAUGAUCGUGAGGGUAUUGCUGAUCCUGUCUUUCAUCCAAUGUUCUUUCCAAAAGGAUGAUGAGGACUAUGAAGAUGCACCCUCUAAUAACACAUGGCUUUUGACACGUAAAUUCCAUGAUAAUGAUGUAACUUCAAUUUUAAAUGGGCUUUUAAAGGGAUAUGAUAACAAGCUUCGACCAGAUAUUGGAGUUAAACCAACAGUAAUACACACGGAUAUGUAUGUAAACAGCAUUGGGCCAGUAAAUGCUAUCAAUAUGGAAUAUACAAUUGACAUCUUUUUUGCCCAAACAUGGUAUGAUAGACGGCUGAAAUUCAAUAGCACUAUAAAAGUUCUCAGAUUGAACAGCAAUAUGGUUGGUAAGAUCUGGAUACCUGACACAUUCUUUCGCAACUCAAAAAAAGCUGACGCGCAUUGGAUAACAACACCCAACAGAAUGUUAAGGAUAUGGAAUGACGGCAGAGUACUUUAUACUUUAAGGCUUACAAUAGAUGCUGAAUGCCAGUUGCAGUUGCACAAUUUUCCGAUGGAUGAGCACUCUUGCCCUCUAGAGUUUUCAAGCUAUGGAUACCCAAAGGAAGAAAUAAUCUAUCAAUGGAAGCGCAGUUCAGUUGAGGUUGGAGAUGUAAGAUCAUGGAGGCUUUAUCAGUUCUCAUUUGUUGGAUUAAGGAAUACAACUGAAGAAGUGAAGACAACAUCAGGAGAUUAUGUUGUUAUGACAGUAUACUUUGAUCUAAGCAGAAGAAUGGGAUAUUUCACAAUCCAGACAUAUAUUCCAUGUACACUUAUUGUGGUUUUAUCCUGGGUGUCAUUUUGGAUCAAUAAGGAUGCAGUUCCAGCCAGGACAUCUCUGGGUAUCACAACUGUUCUAACAAUGACCACUUUGAGUACAAUUGCUCGGAAGUCAUUACCUAAGGUGUCUUAUGUGACAGCUAUGGACCUUUUUGUGUCAGUUUGCUUUAUUUUUGUGUUUGCUGCUCUUAUGGAAUAUGGAACACUCCAUUAUUUUGUGAGUAACAGGAAGCCAAGCAAAGACAAGGAAAAAAAGAAGAAAAAUCCACUUCUCUGGAUGUUUUCCUUCAAGGCACCGACUAUUGAUAUCCGCCCACGUUCGGCAACUAUUCAAAUGAAUAAUGCCACACAUCUGCAAGAAAGAGAUGAAGAAUAUGGGUACGAGUGUCUCGAUGGAAAAGAUUGUGCCAGUUUCUUCUGCUGCUUUGAGGACUGCCGAACUGGAGCAUGGAGACAUGGAAGAAUACAUAUUCGAGUUGCAAAAAUUGACUCCUAUUCCCGAAUUUUCUUCCCAACUGCCUUUUGCUUAUUUAAUUUGGUUUACUGGGUAUCAUACCUUUAUCUUUAAAAAAACAAACAAAAACCUUAGUAAUGGAUAAGUGAUAUGGGCCUUAUAAAGCAUAAACAGUAUCAUUUAUUAUGUAAUUCAUGACAUUUAACAGUACAAUACUCAGGAUUGGGUGACUCCAUUUACUGAGUGCCAUAGUUCACUUUUGCUUUUGAGCUCUUGUAUCUGAAAUGGUAAUUUGCACUGACCUUUCAGAUGUCGAUGUUAAAUCUUAACAACUGUAUUAUGGGAUCAUGCAAAAUAUUCCUAUUGUAAGAACACAGUUAUUUAGAAAUAGUUAAGGAAAUUGAGUUGACUGCAGUAUGUAACCAAAUCCCCAUUUUAUAGUUUUUUAAAAAAAAUAUAUAUAACUGAAUUUUCAUUUUGUAGUACAGGUAUAGGACCCGUUAUCC